UCUGAGCGGCUCUUACUGACACACACACCGGAUGAGCACCCUUCCCUUCCUACUCUCGGCCGGGUUUGGUGCGUCUUCCUUCCGGCUUGCCGAAGAAAGUUGAGGGAGGUUCAGAGAGGCAACUGGGCUUUUACACAAUGGACAGCCAGGGAAGGAAAGUGGUGGUCUGUGACAAUGGGACCGGGUUCGUCAAGUGCGGCUAUGCAGGCUCCAACUUCCCAGAGCACAUCUUCCCUGCGCUUGUUGGGAGGCCCAUCAUUCGAUCGACAGCCAAAGUGGGAAACAUUGAGAUCAAGGAUCUGAUGGUGGGGGAUGAGGCCAGCGAGCUGCGCUCCAUGCUGGAGGUCAACUACCCCAUGGAGAACGGCAUCGUCAGGAACUGGGAUGACAUGAAACACCUGUGGGACUACACCUUCGGCCCAGAGAAGCUCAACAUCGACUCCCGCAACUGCAAGAUCUUGCUGACUGAGCCUCCAAUGAACCCAACUAAGAACCGUGAGAAAAUCAUCGAGGUGAUGUUCGAGACCUACCAGUUUGGAGGAGUCUACAUUGCUAUUCAAGCUGUGCUGACACUGUAUGCCCAAGGCCUUCUGACCGGUGUGGUGGUAGACUCUGGGGAUGGUGUGACACACAUCUGUCCUGUGUACGAGGGCUUCAGCCUGCCCCACCUGACGAGACGCCUGGACAUUGCAGGCAGGGACAUUACCCGCUACCUCAUCAAGUUGUUGUUGUUGAGGGGUUAUGCCUUCAACCACUCUGCAGACUUCGAGACUGUGCGCAUGAUGAAGGAGAAGCUGUGCUACGUGGGCUAUAACAUCGAGCAGGAGCAGAAGCUGGCGCUGGAGACCACUGUGCUCGUGGAAUCAUACACGCUGCCAGAUGGCCGUGUGAUCAAGGUGGGUGGAGAGCGGUUUGAGGCCCCUGAGGCUCUGUUCCAGCCCCACCUCAUCAACGUGGAGGGCGUCGGAGUGGCCGAGCUGCUCUUCAACACCAUCCAGGCGGCCGACAUAGACACCAGGCCUGAGUUCUACAAACACAUCGUGUUAUCAGGAGGAUCCACCAUGUACCCGGGCCUGCCGUCUCGGCUGGAGAGGGAACUCAAGCAGCUGUACCUGGAGCGUGUGCUCAAGGGAGAUGUGGACAAGCUUUCGAAAUUUAAGAUCCGGAUCGAGGAUCCUCCCAGGCGAAAGCACAUGGUGUUCCUGGGCGGAGCCGUGCUGGCCGACAUCAUGAAGGACAAGGACAACUUCUGGCUGACCCGGGAGGAGUACCAGGAGAAAGGAGUCCGCGUGCUGGAAAAACUAGGAGUCACCGUCAGAUAAAGCACUGAACGGACAGCCCCAACACAACAUUCACACACACACGCACACACACACACACACACACACAUAUACACACACAGUACAUGCACACAUUUCCCCCCUCGCCCCCCAUCGCAGAGUAUAUAUCUAUUUAUCCCUCUUUUUCUCUCUUUCGGCUCUUGAUGCUCCCUCGAACAUCAGAGGGAAACGAGCCGUCACCUCCCCUGCUCUCCUCCUCUCUGCCACUCCUCUCUCCUGGUUUGGGAUUGGCUCACACUUCCCCCCCCCCCCCCCCCCCCCCCCCCCCCCCCC